CGUGACAAUCCAUCGAGAAUUUGCUUUCGUCGUUUCGGUGAUCGAUCAAACAUCACGUUUUCAAGAUUAAAAAAAUGGCGAGUGGAACGGUUAAUCCUGACAACAAGAGAACCGGAAAUAAUUUGUCAACGAUUUAUGGCAGAGUACCCACCGUGGGCACUGACAAAAUGAAGGUAACCUUCUGCACAGACAUGGACAAGUCCGUGAUUGUUUACAAUUUUGAGAAACGAGGGUGGGCUCAGGUAGGACCUGAGGACGACUGGAAUUUUUAUUGGGCAGUAACACAGUCAUGUCGGAACAUAUUCAGCGUGGAGACAGGAUACCGAAUGGGUGACAAUCAGACGAUAAAUCAUUUUCCAAAUCACUAUGAACUGACUCGAAAGGAUUUACUUGUGAAAAACAUAAAGAGGUACCGAAAGGACCUCGAGCGAGAGGGAAGCCCCUUGGCAGAGCGUGGGGAUGGCCCUGGCAAGUAUCUGCACCUAGACUUCAUCCCUGUGACGUUCGUGCUACCCGCGGACUACAAUAUGUUCGUAGAGGAAUACCGGAAAUCUCCGCAGAGCACUUGGAUUAUGAAGCCCUGUGGGAAAUCCCAAGGAGCAGGAAUUUUUCUCAUCAAUAAACUCAGUAAAUUGAAAAAAUGGUCCCGAGAGGCAAAGAAUCCUUUUAAUCCGAAUUUAUCAAAGGAAUCUUACGUCAUAUCCAGGUACAUUGACAAUCCCCUUCUGAUCGGUGGUAAGAAAUUCGACCUCAGGUUGUACGUCCUAAUAACAUCCUUCCGUCCCCUGAAAGCCUAUCUCUUCAAGCUCGGCUUCUGUAGAUUCUGCACAGUCAAGUAUGACACGAGCAUACAGGAGCUUGACAAUAUGUACGUUCAUCUCACGAAUGUCUCCGUCCAAAAACACGGGGACGAGUACAAUAGCCUCCACGGGGGCAAACUGAGCGUUCAAAAUCUUCGUCUGUAUCUGGAGAGCACUCGGGGAAAAGCUGUGACUGAGAAACUUUUUUCAAAUAUUUCCUGGUGCAUUGUUCACUCCCUGAAAGCUGUCGCUCCAGUUAUGGCCAACGACAGGCACUGCUUUGAAUGCUACGGAUAUGACAUCAUCAUUGAUAAUAAGUUGAAGCCCUGGUUGAUUGAAGUCAAUGCCUCACCCUCUUUGACAUCGACAACCGUGAACGAUCGCAUAUUGAAGUACAAGCUGAUAGACAAUAUCGUAUCCGUGGUACUACCACCGGAUGGUGUGCCAGAUGUUAGAUGGAACAAGUGCCCAACGCCCGAGGCGAUGGGCAAUUUCGAGCUUCUCCUCGACGAGGAGCUCUCCGCUCAAGAGGAGAAGGACGGGUACUCCGGAAAAUACAGGAGCUCCUCAAAUAAAUGGAAAUGAUCCAAGUAGUGAGGGAGUAAACCACUCAGGAAUAUUUGAAAAGAAUGUGAUGAGUACAUGAUGAAUGAGAAUUUAUUAAUUUUUAAAAUACCAACUUCUAUUGUAAAUUUUCCAUAAUCAUAAAUAAAAAUAAUCGAUCAAGGGGGAAUAGCGGAGGUGAUGGAGGAAAGAAACCACUCAGACAUGUUUAAAAUACAACAAAAAAAUUAUUAUUAGUCGUCCUUGCCUUCUUUUUUUGUACAAAUAUUAUACAUAAACAGAAUACGAUACAUACAUUACGAAUUAAAAGAAAAAUCUGUCGUCUGUGGUCGUGGAAUUAUUUUCAUAUUUCUUAAUAAUACUUUUUGCAUUCAUGAGCCGAAUUUCAUAAAAAUUGGCAGUGCGAAAUAAUUUGAUUAAUGGCGAUUAAUAUUUUUAGGGGAGAGAAUUAUUUUUCUAUCCUAGAAUGAUUAAUGGUUAUGGCACCCUGUAGUCUUUAAUUAAUUUACGUAAUUCGAUUGAAAAGUGUUGCAACAGGAUAAGUCCGACUUCAGAGAAUUAUUUUCCUCUCGAAGAGGAUUGUGUUGAACACCCUUUGACUCCUUUAUUCCUAUUUAUUUUUAAUAAUAAGGUCUAAAAAAAUUCGAAAAUUCAGAUUUAUAAUGUAGCAAUGAAUCAAUAGUUGAUAAAUACCUCUAAUAGCCUUAUCCUGUUCAACGAAUGCGUUUUUGGGAUCAAAAACUUUGAUACAAAUUGCACAGGAAUCUCAACGCUCCUUCAUGUCGCGUACAAAAUCAGCGAUAUAUAUUUUUUCGUCAAGAGGAGACCGCGAUUGAAAUCUAAAAUUCCUAUAGACUAUUUAUUGUUUUCAUGAGGCUGGAUAUCGCGUCAGAGGACCCACUUCAACAUUUUACCUCUCUAAGACUUCUUUUUCAUGACUAAAAAAAUAAAAAUUAAAUUUUUUCCCACCAAGUGAGACAAAAAAAUUAACGAAAUCGAUUCCAAAUUCCACUGCGGUCACCUCUUAUCUCAGAAUGUGCGUAUAAAAUAUCUCGAUGUAUAGCACAAUCGAGCGAUACAAAUCGAUGAAAAAAAUUAAUAUUAAUCCUAUUAUAAUCGUGGAAGCAGCCUUUGGUUAAAUGCCACAUUCAGGUAAAAAACCACAAAGUCCAUGUGUAAUCUUCUCUCCAUUCUCUCUUCAGAGACAAAUAACGAGAAUAUAAUGUAAUACGAUAUAUCUUUAUCACAAUUAACAGAGUAUACAUAGACGUAAUUAAUGGCCUUUGUGCAGACACUGGAGAUGAGACUAUUUCCUUGAAACGCUGUGUGGGCUGUCUUAAAAAUUAUUUCGAAAGUGGAAACAAACUGUCAUGUACAUUUUUACACGUUUUUUUUUUGUUCACUGUACUGUGGUGAAAACUAUUCGUUUGAUCGUCACCAUUUUUUA